AUGAUGUAAACUUUGCGUAUUCGUUGGGUACAUGACUCUGUAUCUCACACUCCCAUUCCUCUCAUUGAUCAACUCGGUCACAGUGGUAACUCCAAUGGCAACCCGUGCAUUUUCAAGACUAAGAAACCCAAUUUUCGCUGCGACAGUGCUUCGGAACCUAACCAGAGCACCCAUUAGAGAGCCCACAUUUCCUGUAAACCCCAAAGUUCCAGCAUUAGGAGCCGAUUAUUGCACUCCCUUUAGGCUAUACCAUGAUGGGAGGCCCAGAGGACCCCUCUGGAGAGGCAAGAAGUUGAUUGGGAAGGAAGCGCUUUUUGUGAUACUGGGAUUGAAGAGGUUCAAGGAUGACGAAGAGAAGCUUGAGAAGUUCAUCAAGUCCCACGUGCUGAGGCUUUUGAAGAUGGAGAUGAUUGCUGUUCUCGGCGAGCUUGAGCGCCAGGAAGAGGUUUCUUUGGCUGUCAAGAUAUUUAGGGUUAUACAGAAGCAAGACUGGUACAAGCCCGAUGUCUUUCUGUAUAAGGACCUGAUUAUUGCAUUAGCGAGAUGUAAAAAGAUGGAUGAUGCAAUGCUGUUGUGGGAAGACAUGAGAAAGGAGGAUUUAUUCCCUGAUUCUCAAACAUAUGCUGAAGUUAUCAGGGGCUUCUUGAGGCAUGGAUCUCCUGCAGAUGCAAUGAACAUAUUUGAAGACAUGAAGAAGUCUCCAGAUCCACCGGAGGAGUUGCCAUUCAGGAUUUUGUUGAAGGGACUUCUGCCACACCCCCUUUUAAGAAACAGAGUCAAGCAAGAUUUUGAAGAGCUCUUUCCCGAGCGGCAUGUGUAUGAUCCUCCAGAAGAGAUAUUUGGCAUGCGCUGAGGUUACCAUUCAGUGCUUUUGUUUUCUUAGUCCUUUUUAUUUAUAUUUUGUUGUGAUAACCCAUUCCUUUACUUGUAUUAUUCUGACACUGACAAUGUCUUUUGUGAGAAUAUAGAUUAGCAUAUUGAGAUAAAAUGGUGUUAGAAUCCUUUAGAAAAAACGUUUGUGUCAGGAAAGCACUAUCCUGACUAGGUUAUCGAAAGAAUAUAUUAAAGAUUUAAGACAUAUAAACAGUUUAAUGAUGUCAGGAAAUGAGGAAAUAAUGUAAAGCCAAAGAUAGGGUGAAAGUUGUAUCCUCCAUUUAUGUUAUUAGGAACAAUUAUAUGACCAAAUCUGUUACUAUUUGAA